UGGUAGCAUUACUUCUGUCAAAACAGAACAUGGUCUCUGAAUCCUUGUCUCAGAUCUCAGACUCCUGGUCCAUGACGUCUAACCCAGUCUGCUUAUUUUUUAUGGGUUCCAGUUUCACUAGAACAAAAAACCUUUAAACAUUUCUGGGUCACGUGUGUUGUACCUGCACUCAUGAAGUCUGGAAGCACCUGAUCUCUUCAGGUAACUGUGUCUGUGUCCGUUUCCCAGAGAGCUGCUGAGGUUCAAACAAUUAGUGAGUGUGGUGGAUUUAAGGCGAGCCUCCAUCCUCAUCCUGCUGUCCCUGCUGCCCCUCCCUCUGCAGUUUGGAUUCCUCCAAUCAGAGGUAACCUCCCACUUACCUGCACGUAGCGGUGAUACCUGGACCACAAUCACAGUAACAUUCACCUGUGUGCACUCAGGUCUUAGUAGAUGGGAGGUUCAGUGCUGAUGAUGUCAUAGCAGGUCGCUUUCUGUCUCUGAAGCCCCGCCUCAUCAGUGUUCUGAUUGGAGCUCUGCAGACGGAGACGGACACAUCCAACACACAGCUCCUCCUGGCGGCGAUGCUGAACGUGGUUCAGGACUCUGCUCUGUUUGAGGUCGCAGGACAAACCCAGCAGGAACCUGAGUCCCAGCAUAGUGGAGCCAAACCCAGACGGACAGCGGGGGGGACCAGUGGGAACAGAUGGACCAGAGGACCAGCUGUUCAAUCAGAUGCAGCGGCAGUUCUGUGGGUUCAGUUUGUGCGUUCCCUGACUCAGCGUCUGACAUCUCAGUGGAGGAAUGACUCAGCAGUUUGUCUGUCAGCACUGGAAGUACUGGGAGGACUGGCCAAGGUGCAGGUUCAGGUGGACGAGGUGGAGAGGAGGCGGGCGGUCAGCUCCGUUUGUACCUACAUCGUGUUCCAGUGCAGUCGUCCUCCUCAGCUUCACUCCAGAGAUCUGCACUCCAUCAUCGUCGCCGCUUUCUACUGUCUGAAUGUCUGGUUAACCCAACACCCCGCCCUGCUGGACCACCAGGUAACUGACCGCCAGGUAGCUGACCGCCAGGUAACUUACCACCAGGUAAGGUGUGGUGCAUGUGUGUGUUUUCAGGAGUGUCUGUUGGAGGUCCUAGAGAUUGUGGAAUUGGGAAUUUCAGGCAGUAAGUCCCGACAGGAACAGGAAGUGAAGCGUAAAGAGGAGAAGGACCUUAACCCGGCCUCUCUGAGGGUGAAGGAGGCGGCUGAGGCCACGCUGAGCUGUAUUAUGCAGGUUUCGGAGGCGUUCCCGUUCGUUGGCGGGUCACUGAGUGAAGACGCUCUGAUUGGCUGCUCUGCUUUAAGUGACAGCAGCCUGAAGAAGUUCAGAUAUUUUGUGGUUGAAAGCUCCGUCAUUCUGGCCAUGCUGGAACAAGGAUCAGGACCUGAACAGGCUCCGUAUCCGUCGCUCACAGUAUUGAUCAGAGGACCGUCAGGACGUCACAUUUGGACUCUGGAGCUCCACCUGCAGCCCAGAGGUGGACGAGCACAGACACAGCAAUCUCCGAUCUCAGAACAGAGCCGGGGAACCCAGGAGGAUGCAGGGAUACGAAGUCCUGUCAAACAUCAGCUGUUUCCUGAAAACAUGGACAGAGUUCCUCCAGUUAGAGCAGACCGGAGCAUUCCAGCUCUGCAAGAAACCGCAACAGAGCAGGUGCAGCAGCAGCUGGAGUGUCUGCGAGCAGCGUUGAGGAGACAGCAGCAGAUUGAAGCUCGGCCAAUAGUCAGCGGUCGUUCGGUCGUCAUGACAACCUGUAGGCCACCGCCCUUAGCUACCCGGUUCCAGACAGCGAGACUCUUCCUGUCCCACUUGGGCCUCCUGACACCUGACAGCGUGAAGGAUCCAGGUAUCAGCGGUGUCCCCGCCCACCUUGUCUCUCUGGACUCGUCUCUUCCUGGUUUCUCUGAGAGUCUGAGACGAUUGGACAAGCUGCCGCCCAGAAACUGUGACUCCGCCUUCAUCUUCUACUUGAGAGCAGGACAGAGGACAGCUGCUGAGGUCCUGAGGAACGUGGAGUCUCGCUGCAGCGUCCAGUCUCACUUCCUGGACCUGCUGUCGUCUCUCGGUUGGCCGGUGCAGGUGGGGCAGCAGCAGGGGGGCGGGGCUCACAGCAGCCGCUCAGAGUUCCGUGCUGUGCUGGGAGACAGUGGAGGGGACGUGUUUGAUGGACGGACGUUUGUCCUGAUGUUCUCCGACGCCCUGACAGACAUCACUUUCAUCGUCCCGUCGCCAUCACACAAAGCAUUCGAUUGGUCAAAGACUUCAGAGGAGGCGGAGCCACUGAAUGAGUCACCAUCUGACCUGCAGAAUCACCCUGACUCCGCCCCCAACUCCACAACCUGUCCAGUUGUAGACAUAAAGUUGGGUUCUCCGGUUCUUGGUUCCGGCUGCCAGCUGAUGAUCGUUUGGGUCGAACGCUUUGAGGACAUCGAGAGUUUCCCCCUGAAGGAGCUGAUGUCAGAGCACAGGACCCAGACCAGGACCCAGACAGAGUCCAGUCCAUCAGACGUCCAGCUGGUCUUCAUCCAUCCGCUGAAAACUGGACUCUACUCCGUCUGUCUCCAUGGAAACGGCUCCAGCAAAUUCAGCCUGGCCGUCCCACUGGUCAGCGGGAGUGUAGUCAGCAUGAGGUCACUGGGUUUCCUGCUCAGAGAGAUGGUGAUCAAUGGUUGCCAUAGGCGACGGCUGGACAGUGACUCCGCCCCCCCGCCUCACAUCAGACGGAAACACGCCAUCAGUGACAUCAUCCAUCGGUACCGGUGCCGCCGCUCUGAGCCUGCCUUCUACUCCGCCCUGUUCCAGGACCUCUGAGCUGUUGCCAUGGAAACCCUGUUGUUUUUAUUUACUGUGUUUAAAAUGUGCAGUAAACCGGCCAAUCAGAACAAGGUGUACGACUGUUACAGGUGACUGAUGAUGUCACCUGGCUGAUGAUGAUGCGUAAUAAAAUUGCCAAACAUC